UAGUGUACGAAAAAUCUGAAAGGAAUAACAGUAGAAUGUGUCCAAUAGCAGCCAGUCAUGUGGACCUCAUCACCCUCUUCCUAUUCUCAACCCUUUGAGCUUAUUACAAUUCUCAGCCACAAAAGUUCUCCCUCCUAACAUGUUUGAUUUUUGAGCUAACCAGUCUCCAACAACAAUCUCACUCAGCUGUUCAGUAGUGUGGUUCCAAACAGGAAUACAUAGGAUAUGGAUGGCUCAGCCUCAAAGCCUGGUAACACAACAAGAGGAAUUGGUUUGGUUAAAGCCGGUGUUAACUUAUGUGGUAACAGGAAUAUUGCAGAUGUUAAUAGUCCUUCGCUGAAAAAAGAUUUCUCAACGAAGCACUCUUCAAAAGCAAAAGAACUCCACAGAGCAAGCAAUGAUAUUGUUCGGUACGAAGAGACCAAAUGGGCAGCAGAAUCUGCAAAAGCUCAAGCAGAAGCUGAGCUUUCCAAUGCUAAACAGACAGUGAAAGAUCUUUUCUCUAUGAUUGGGGAAUCUAUCUACAAGGCAAAAGCCGAAAUGCGAGACAUGGCACCACUAAAGAAGUAUGUGAAACCGAGCAAGGAUGAUAAUGAGUAUUCUCAAGUUAUGAGAGAAUUGGAACAUGCUAAGCGGGAAUUGUUCCAACUUAAGCUUGAUGUGGGUUCUGUUUUGGAGGAGAAACUGCGAGCGGAGAAGGAAAUCGAAGCAUCGAGAUCCACCAUGCUGUCCUUCUCAAGAGUAGCACAAAAACUGAGGAAGGAGAUUGAGGAAGCCAGUGAAGAACAAGUGGUGGUUGAAUUGGCCAGAAUGGACGCUUUGAAUGAACUGAGAGACAUUGAAACUGUUGAAAACACAAGGAACAAGUUGAAAGAGGCCAUUGAAGAGAUAGAUGAGACAAAAGAGCUCGAAAUGAAAUUGGCCACGACAUUGUCUGAUAUUGAUAUGUUGAAGAAUGAGUUGAAGUUUGUUAAGAAAACGGGGAAAAGGGUACAUGGAAGAGGUGGUGAGAGCAUGGAGCAUAUAGAAGAAGAUCAAUCAAGAGAUGUUGGUGUGUUAGAGGCUACAAAAGAAGAAAUAGAGGCAGCAAAGAAAGACUUGGCUUCCAUUAGAGAACAAGGUUUUAAGUUUAUGGCCUCUAUGGAUGUCACAAGAAAUGAGCUGAAGCAUGUGAGUGCAGCCACGAAUCAUUUAAAGAACACGGAAUCGAAAAUUGGUGCAAAAGUUCGAAACCUCAGUUACAAGCUCUUGAGAGCAAAAUCUAAAUUAGAAGCCGUGUCUGCUGCAGAGGAAAAGGCCAAAUCAAUAGUCAGUAACUUGUCAAAAACUCUUGAUAAGCUCAAGUCCGAAACAGAAGCAGCAAAAAAAGAAAAAGAGCUUAUAAUAAAUGGAGAGGUUGCAGGCACCAAAGAAGAGAUUAAAAAGGCCUUGUUGGAGAUAAAGGGGAGUGAGGAAAGAUUUCAAGGUGCCAUGCAGGAGCUAGAAGCAGUGAAAUCAUCAGAAGCUUUAGCCUUGGAGAAGCUCAAGAUUCUUACGGAGAAUGCCAUGAAAGAGAGAAUUAGUAAUUUAACAAAGCCUAGUUCGUUAAUUAUAAUAUCAAAGUUUGAAUAUGAGUAUUUGAGAAACCAUGCAGGGAUGGCAAAUGAAAUUGCUGAGAAGAAAGUUGAAGCGGCAAAGGCGUGGGUUGAAGCUGUGAGGGAGAGUGAGAAGGAGAUAGUGAUGAAGACUAAGAUAGCUGCAACUGAGGGAAAAGCAAAAGAAAAGUUGGUUCCAAAGAGAGUUAAUAAUGAAUUGGAGUUGGAGAAUUGGUCCAAGUAUGGCACUGGCAUUUCGAGAAAGAGCAUCAAGACGCCUUCUAGAGGAGCUAAUUCUAAGUUUCAUCAGAAGGCUUCUUCACCUCAUCGUCCUGUCAGUCCUUUCAUUGUUAAGAAGAAAAACAAGGUAAUAACAAAUUGGACCAAGAUUUUUAGAGGGAAGAAACACCACUAGCUAGCAACACUCUUUCUUUCUUUAAGCUGGGAAUUGAAACUGCAAAAAAACAUGUACUGCACUGCACAACUUCUUCUUCAUUAUAUUCCCUCAUGGCUCAUUCCCAUGUUUCUUUUCACCUUAGUUAUGUCCAUAACUGUAUCUAAAGUCCCCAAACACACAUAUAGCAAACCAGUCUUAUAUAUUGCGCCACUUACCCGAAAUAUUCAUUGCGGAUUUUGACUUUGUAAAUAAAAGUGGCUCUAGUCUCUAGACGAGGAUGAAGAAUUCAGAAUGAAUAUUGUUCUCGCGUACGUGCA